AUUGACCCAUGAAAGCUACAUUGAGUGUCGAAUCGCAUGCCCCCGGCGGAACGCCUACAUCCUUUUGGCGAUAUUGCUCCUACAAGCCUAUUUCCUUCAUCACCUUGCUUGCACGAAGCGCAAGUCGUUCUCCGUUAGCAACCAGGAGCGUCGGCGGCGAAGAAGAAGACGACGACGACGACGACAACAACAACAGUCAUUAGAUGAGGAAAGGAUAGGAAGGUGCACCAAUCAACCAUGGCUUCAAACAAUUCCCCCGCAUCGAGCGCCAUCGAGACCAAAGAAAUUGGCACGGUCCACAUCUCGACGGAAGACACACCUUCGGAUCUCGAGCACAGCGCCGACAAAGUCCAGGGCAACGCGGCCAACGACCACUCUGUCGAUACAAAUUUCCAGGCCGGUGUGCAAAAGGCCGAGGCUAUCACGAUUGCGUGGACACUGAAAGCUUUGAUCGUGGCCUACAUCGCAAUCUGGUUCGUCUAUUUCGUGCAAGGCAUCGUCACCGGAGUCAGCAACGCAUUACUUCCUUACGUCACAUCCGACUUCGCUUCUCACUCACUUAUGCCAACCACAAGUGUUGUGAGCUCGGUGAUUGGCGGUGUUACAAAUUUGUGUAUUGCUAAAGUUCUGGAUAUCUUCGGUCGACAUCAUGGAUUCCUCUUGUGCAUGGGACUUGCGACUAUCGGCCUCAUUAUAGCGGCUUCUUGCAACAGUGUGGAAUUGUAUGCUGCAUCCCAGAUCUUCUAUACCGUCGGUAUCAACGGCCUUGGAUACUGUCUUAGUGUCUUUAUCGCAGAUACAUCGUCGCUCCGUCAUCGAGGUCUCAUGCAAGCCCUGUUGACGUCCCCAUACAUCAUCACGUCAUGGCUGGCAGGACCUAUCUCCACCUCGUUUCUCAACCGUGGCGUGACCGGCUGGCGCUGGGCGUUUGGGAUGGAGAGUAUCCUACUCCCUAGUGUCGCUCUUCCGCUCUUUGGGCUGUUCAUGUACCAGUACAGGAAGGCAAAAAGAGAAGGCAUUGUCCCUAUAAAAGCAACGAGUGGUCGCACAUUCUUGCAGUCGACCAUGCAUUACAUGCAAGAGUUUGACGUUGUUGGACUAUUACUGUUAUCAGCUGGAUUCGCCUUCUUGCUCCUCCCGUUUAAUCUGUACACAAUGGAAGCAAAGGGCUGGGGAUCCGCGAUGAUCAUCUGCUUUCUCGUCUUCGGGGUCUUAUCCAUCGUCGCAUUUGUCGUCUGGGAGAGAUCAUUUGCAAAGGUCAAGCUCACCCCGUGGGCUAUCCUCGCCGACCGCACGGUCCUCGGCACUUGCAUGGUAGCGUUCACGCUUUUCGUAAGCGCCUCGUGCUGGAACUCAUACUUCAGCUCGUACCUGCAAGUGGUGCAUGGCUUGGACGUGACCAAUGCAAGCUACCUCAAUCAAUCCGGCACCGUCGUACAGAUCUUCGCGAACAUCACCGCGGGCGCAGUCAUCUCCCUCACCGGAAGAUACAAACCCAUCAGCUUAUUCCUCGGUAUCCCACUGAUCGUGCUUGGGACAGGCCUGCUCAUACACUUCCGCGAACCCAAUCACUACGUGGGCUAUAUCGCCAUGUGCAGCAUCUUCACCAACUUCGGUUUCGGUAUCCUCAUGCUUACCGUCGAAAUCAGUAUCUUAGCUGCUGCCGCCGCUCAGCAAUAUUUCGCUAUCACUAUUGCGCUGCUGAAUCUCUUCACUUACAUUGGCAGUGCUGUUGGCUACUCCAUCUCGUCUGCGAUCUGGCAAGGCACGUUACCCAAACGGCUAGCACUAUACCUUCCUCCCGAGGCCCAAGGAAAUCUCACCACCAUCUUUGGCGUCAUUGAAGAGCAAUUAAGCUACGAGUGGGGCUCACCCACUCGUCUGGCCAUACAACACGCAUAUGGGGAUACGUGGAGAUUUCUGCUGAUCGCCGGUGUGUCGGUAUGGGCCCUGGGGUUGGCGUGCAUGCUUAUGUGGAAAAAUACGAAUGUCAAGGGCGUGCAUCAGAACAAGGGCUAUGUGGUUUAAGUCGGCCAUUGGAGUUCCCUCGUCUGCUUGCGAGUGCUUUGCUGUUGGA